AUGAGGGCAACAUCGUCAAUAGCAGCUAUGUCAUCGAUGCGGCUUGUUCCAUCAAGCAACGCCCUCGGACCAUGCCCUCGCCGGGCUUCGAGAGCGCUUAUAGCUUCCACAUCUGCCACACCUGUGACAAUGCCACCUUCAGCAGCACAACGGUGUUUUUCCACCUCGCCCACACCCAAGACCGCUGGCACCGGGACACUGGUCAAAGCAACCAUUGCGCUCUCGUUGGUGGGCAUCACCUCCUAUCUGUUUGGAUCACUCUACCCACCCCAAGUGCUCAAGCUGCUCUACAGACCCGUCACACCUCCGCGCCUCAAAUCCGACGGGCCUGAAGCAGAAGCACACAUGCGCCAAGUUGAAGAUGCCUUGCACGCUCUCCCCAUCAUUCAACAGCUCAAGCUUUCCUCCGUGGCUCACGGCUCAGCCGCCGAACUCGAAGUGCUCCGUUCCCAGGGUAGGCACAUUACUGAUCUCGAUCCUAGCACUACGAUCCAAGUCGCCGCGCACGGUAGUAUCCCCGGUGCUAAUGUAGCCGUCUCGGCCUCGCCUGUCCAAGGUGGAGAAGCUGACACACACCAGUACGUCAUGACACGUCCUUACCUCAAGUACAGCCGUGAAAAGGCGCAGCACAACUUGACGGCUGGCUCGCUGCGUGGUCCAGGCAUGGUUGCUGUUCCGCCGAUGGUGUUUACCAAGACUGGCCAUGGAGCCAAGCAGCUCGGAGGCACGGAAGGAGACAGCACCAUUAUUUUGCACCUCGGUCGAAGUCUGUGCGGUCACGAUGGGAUUGUUCAUGGCGGUAUGCUGGCUACUGUCUGCGAUGAAGCGCUCGCAAGGACAGCCAUGUACAACCUGCCGGGAAAAAUCGGUGUGACGGCACGAUUGGAGAUCGACUACAGAAAACCGACCGCGGCGAACCAGUUCAUCGUGCUGGAAACCGAGUUGGUCGAGCACAAGGGCAGAAAGGCGACUGUCAAGGGAACUUUGAAGGACGUUGAGGGCAAGUUGUUGUUGGAGUGCAGGGCGAUUUUCGUAGAGCCAAAGUAUGCAAGGUACUUUUUGGACGCCAAGGCGCUAAAGCAGGCAAUUGAAGGGUAG